AUGGCGCCUGCUGCCCUCAUACCCACCCCCAUCGCGGCCAAGGAUGUGCCAGUCGAGUCGACGAAUAAAAAGAGGAAGAUUGUGUGUUUUUCAGAUUUCGAUGGCACUAUCUUUAUGCAAGACACAGGCCACGUCCUGUUCGACAACUUCGGAUGCGGCUCCAAGAGGCGCCAGGUGCUUGACGAGCAGAUCAAGAACGGCGAGCGGUCAUUCCGCGACGUCUCUGAGGAGAUGUGGGGGUCACUGAACGUCCCAUUCGACGACGGCUUCGAAGUCAUGGAAGAGUCGCUCGAUAUCGAUCCCGACUUCCGUUCAUUCCACUCUUUCUGCCUCCAAAACCAGAUCCCCUUCAACGUCAUAUCCGCCGGACUGAAGCCUGUCCUGCGAAAAGUCCUCGACACCUUCCUCGGAGAGGAGCAAUCAAAACACAUCCAGAUCGUCGCCAACGACGCCGCCAUCGCGGAGGACGGCUCCGACUGGAAGGUCCUAUGGCGGCACGACACAGAGCUGGGCCACGACAAGGCGCUCUCGGUGCAAGAGGCCCGCGCGGCCGCCGAGGCUGAGUUGGCCGACGAGGACGGCGUCAUCCCUCUGAUUGUCUUCAUCGGUGACGGCGUGUCGGAUUUGCCAGCGGCCCGGCAGGCGGACGUGCUCUUUGCGCGCCGCGGCCUGCGCCUCGAGGAGUACUGCCAGGAGAAUGACAUCGCCUACAUCCCCUUCGAUACCUUUGCCAACAUUCAGGUGGAGCUCACCAAGAUCAUGGAUGAGGACGAGAAGAAGACGGCCGGAAAGGGUCUGCCGGCCCGCUUCAACCCCCGCGCCAACAUGUGGCGCCGCGUCUCGAGCAAGUCCGCAGUCCCCAGGCUGGUCGUCAUGUCGCCGACCAAAGAGGAGCGUAUGUUCCUCUGGCCCGAGGCAUUCUCGGAGCUUAAGACCCCGGCUCUGGACGUUACCAAGGAGCUGGGUGUUGUUGCCGAGGACCAGCCCGUCGCUGUGCCGGCCGCUUAA